AAGCCACCAGAAGUUAGGCAUGUUCCAAAUAAAGCAUCAUUACAGUUGUGUGGAUAUUAUAAUCCUAGAAGCUAUACUAAUAAUCAUCUCCAUAAAUUAACGGCAUCAUCCAAUAUAAGUGCUAGUAGGUCACCUG